AUGUCUUCCAGUCUAGAUUGUCUGCCUCAAAAUGCAUCGUCGGGUGACAUCUUCGAUCCCUUUGUCUACAAAUAUCGACUUACGAUGUCCAAGAGAAAAGUUGCUCUCGAUCAUGUUCGAGACUUCCUCGGAUAUGACUUGUCCAGUGCCAGAGACACCACCAUGAUCUACUUGCUUUUGAAAGAAGAAAUUUCAUUCACUGAAUUGGAAAUGAUAAGAAUUCUUGGGCUCCAAGCCAAUAUGAAAGUGGACCGGGCAAUUUUCAAUAAGUUUCGGGAAGUCGUAGGCUAUGCUGCUCGAAUUCUCAAAGAGCUGAUUCCCGUUGGGCUGCUUUUAGAAAUGCCGCUCACAGAUAUAAGCAGGAUAUGCUACGGUAUUGCCACCAAAUUUGAAUCCAUUUUCUUUGUGCCUGUCAAUGGUGGUGAACACCAAUUUGACUUCUGGUGGACUGAUCGCUUCAAUAGUGUGUGGCCCGUUGUUUGUGAGCUCAAUAGGGCCUAUAACGAAUUGGAGUGA